AUGGACGGCUGCUCCGCAAGCUCCGCCAAAGCGGAAAACGUGCGCAUGCUUGCGGACGUCCUCCGCCGCCUCGCCACCGCAUCCAGCGGCGGCGCCGCCGGCUCCGCGUGCCCGUCUCCUCCGCCAGGCGGCGCGGCGGGCGUCGCUCCUCCUUCCGCCUCCGCCGUUUCAGCUGCGCGCCUAGCGUUUCCGCGCAGCGGAAGUCUCGACUCUCCCGUUCUCCGCCAAUCUCUGCGCGACCCCACUCCACUCGUUCCUUCCGCCAUGGGGGCAUGCGGGGGAACGUUCGGCGGCGGAUGGGGCGGUGGAGCGCCGGCGGUGGGGGAAUAUGACCUGGAGUAUCUUCAAGCCGCGAAGCGGCUGCGCUUUGGUGGGGGGGACAUAGCAUGCGCGGAGCUUGGCGGAGCGUCUGGCGGACUGUCUGGCGGAAGCGGCGGGUUGAGGGGAAGCGCAGGGUUGGGCGGAGGUGGAUACGGCAGCGGCGCCGCCAACCUGGGGAACUUUGGGGGGUCCCUUCUCGGAAACUCCCUCCUGGGGCGCACGGCAAGCGGAGGAGCUGGGGCACUCGGGGGAAGCUCUUUCGGGGGAGGCGGUUAUUGCGGGAGCGGCGAAAACUACCUUUCCGCGGGCGCUUUCUCCCCCCUUGGCGGAGGUACGGCGGGGAAUUCGGGUUACCGCGGUUCCCCCUCCCCCCAUGGCGUCAUGCGCUUCCCCUCCAGUGUGCGGAGCUCCAUGGACGGAGGCGAUUCCCCCUCCUCCCUCGCUGCUGCUAUGGCUGCCGCUGCUGCAGCGGGAUUCGCUCCGCCCUUUGGUGGGGGAAGUUUCGCUGGGGGGAACUCGAAUCCGCCCUUUUCCCCUGCGGGGAACGCUCAGCCUUUCCCCUCACCACACUCCGCCUCCCCCCUCAUGCCGCGUUUCCUGACAGGCGAUUCUACUGCCCUAGCAGGCGCUCCGGCCUCCGCCUCUGCUGCUUCUGCCUCUGCUGUUGCUGCCUCUGCUGCUACCACUGCCGCCGCUGCCACUGCCGCUGCUGCUGCUGCAAGAAACUUUCCGGGGCUUGGUAGUUUCGCUGGGUUGAAUAGCACGGGCCUGGGUACGAGCAGCAGUGCGCUCGGUGUGUUCCCGUCCAAUCUCCAGUCACCUUCCGCGGCCUCCUCCUCUCCUCUCCUCCGGGAAACCCUAAAAGAGAGCAUACGGGAAAGCCUCCUCUCCAAUUCUCACCAGCAGAACAAGCCGUUAAAUGGGACAGGGCCAGCAACAGGAGGAGGAGCUGGAGCAGGAACGGUGGGAGUCGAUGGGAUGGUGACGCGAGCCGAUCGGACGGCCCAGGGCAUGUCCCUGCUGGGGCAGCGAAAUCUGACCAUUGAUCUCUCGGUGCUUGACAAUCUUGCGGCUCACAUGCACCCCUUUCAGCCGCUACAGUCGGCGGAGCCUAUGUCCAAUCCCGCUGCUGCAGCCACUGCCGCCGCUACAGCCGCUACAACCACUGUUGGUGAUUCCUUGAUGUUAGGGGAGCUCGGAGGGGAGAUUGAUCAGGAGAUGUUGGAUCCGGCUGUGCGCCAUGCCUCGGUUGAAGCCCUGGCUCAGAUUCUUGCAGGGGAUAUUCAGGCGGUGCCCAAUGCUGGUUUCGCUUCAGGUUACAACAGGAAUUUCAAUGCAGGUUUCAGUGGAGCAGAUGCGUUGAUGCCUGCAACUGGUGGUGCAGAGGAAGCUGCUAAGGGCUCUGAUUUGGAAUGCUUGCUGAAUGGUCAGUUUCAGCAGCCGCUGCUUCAGCUGCAGCAGCUACAGCAGUUGCGGCAGCUGCAGUUGUUGCAGCAGCAGCAGCAGCAAGACCAGGAGCAGAUGCAGCAGGAGGGUUUAGCUGAGGAGGAAGGUUCUGGAUCGCUUCUGAGUUUCCUUGCUUCUGAUUGGCCGCAGCUGAAGGAGGCUCUCCUGUUGCUUCCCCUCUGCGCCCCCCCUCCGCUCCCCCCCCUGGCAGCAGCCACCUUCCCCGCUCACCACUUUCGCCUCACGUCUUCCCUCUUCUCCCCCCCCCCCCCCCCUGCUCAUGGUGCUCCCGGAAACAUCAACGGCUGUUGA